AUUUCUUAACAUUUUAUAUUCUAGUGAGAGUCAAGUCAUGCUGCUUGGAGGAUAUACUAACGACUACUUAUCUCUUGUUGAAGUCUACAGUAUUGAAGAGGGAUUCAUUGCAGAGCUUCCAUCAAUGCCAACUGCAAGGUAUGCACUUGCAUGCAGCAUGUUUAAGGGAGAAAUAUGGACAGCUGGAGGAUACAAUAAUGAAGAUCUAGAUAUUGUAGAAGUACUCACACCGUCUACAAACACCUGGAGGAGUGGACCUAAGCUAACCAGGGGGAGAUGGUAUCUAACAAUGGAGGUGUUGGACAACAACCGGGUAGUAUUUGGAGGGUAUGGAGGUGCAGACAGCCUGGAGAUCCUUGAGGGAGAAGCGUGGAGGGAGGAACCUCUGCAAUAUGAACAUAGUAACCAUGCCUCUGUAUCAAUUCCUUGUAAUUGAUACAGAGAUUUUUGUUCAUUAUUUGUAGCUUAAAUUAAUAAUUUGAUUUCAAAUAUUGUCUUUUCUAAAAAUAAAUUGGAUUUAAUGCA